ACAGACACAACAGACAACAGCCAGCAGCGGGCGUGCCACUCUGCUUGCCUUUGAACAUGCCUACCGUACGACGGCGAUCAUUCGCCAUCAUGGCCUCCGCCUUGUGCGGUGCAGCGGGGUUGACGCGGGUCCAGGGGUUUUGUUUCGUGCCGGCUCUGACCGGCUCCAACGCUCGAUGUCAUGGCGCUACAGCAGAGCGGCGGGCCACACAGCAAGCGCAACAGGGGGGAGGUCUAACGAUGAGACGCGGCUUAAGCUAUAAGGGCAAGAAUGGACCGGGCUUGACCAACAUCGGGCGAGUUGUCACCACCCGGAAGCGAGUUCUUGAAUCCGAGGAACCGUGCAAGGUGAUGAUCUCCAACCUGGACUAUAGCUUGACCGAGAAUGAUGUUGCGGAGUUCUGCGGCACCGCCGGUGCCGUCGCCGGCGUCAAGCUCGUCAAGAAGUGGUACGCCAAGACCUCCAAGGGGUACGGGUUCGUCGACUUCGACCAGCCGCUGACGGCAACGAUCGCCAUCGAGACACUUAACGGGAAAGAGCUCAAUGGCCGCGUGGUGGAACUCAAGCCGGCGAUCACAAGCCGGGAGAAGCGGAGGAAGCAGGCCCUGCGAGAUUGGGAGCAGAGGUGCCUGGAGGAGGACAGACGAGUCGAGCAGGGCUAUCCGAGGCGAGAGGUGCCGUUGCCGGAGAAGAAGAAGAUGGCGGACUUCGGGGUCACCGUAGACGAGUUCCUUGAGAUAGUCGGGCGAACCAACAGCCGCACCGCGAAAAAGCAACCAAAGUACGCGGAGGAGAUUGGGUACGACGACGACGACGACGAUGACGACGACGCGGACUUGUUCUGAGGUUUGUUCUGAGGUAGUCUGGCUGCUGGGAUAUGGCGACGACAAGCCCGUAGAUAUCGUUUUUGUCUUUUUGCGUAUUUCGGGACAGGGGUUUCGGGCUCUUUAGCAGCGGCCUCGGGGGUCCGAGAGAUACGUUUCUCCAAUUGCGGCCCGAAUGGAGAUCCAAGACAUGAAGCGAACUUCGGUCCCUUGGUUCAACCAAGCCGCGGCCGACCGUCAUGUGGUACGAUUCGGCACGACGGAGUGUGGAUGACCGUGCCCGGCGUGACAGAAAGGAUGUAUGUUUCGAUCUUGUUCGGACACUCGUUUCGUGUUUUACAGUUGGACGUGCGAUGACAUGGUUGUGCCUCCUGCGGGUACUGUAUCAACUUGUCGUUGUGUACCCGGUGUGUGGCGCUAGCCGCCAUGAAGCCUCAGCAGGGCUAUGAGCUCUAGAGUGGGUCGCCGCUGUCUGGAUAACUGGGUUCAGUGUGGAGCCUCGUAACUCUUGUUGCUCCCAACAUGACUCUUGCCGUUUCAAACCCGGGCAACAUAUGCAUAUGCUUGUGCAAUGUCUGGGUCUGGAAAUGGCGGGCUUGUACCCAAGU